CCGGAAUGCUCGCACGAACAAUUUCAUAAUUAUCGGGGGUAGGUGCAGUUACUGCAAUUUUUUUAUGAAAAAUAAACAGAAUUAAGAUAAAAUUAAGAUGGAUUUUGAUAGUCCGGAUGUAAUGAAAGAUUUUCCCGGUUUGUACGCCUCGGAUCACAAUAAAAAAUGCAAUAACGAUAGCGAUUAUAGUGAUGAAGUUGAGAAAGGAUUGAAAAAAGAUCUCAUAGGUAAGCGGAAAGACAAAAAAGACAAGAAAGACAGAGAAAGGGGUUAUGCGGCCCUCGAAGGCGAAAGUUCAGAUGAAGGAAACAAAUCUAGAAGUCCUUCGAAAUCGAAAAAAUCUAAACCUUUCAAAUUCACAACCAAAUCCAAAGAAAAACGAGAAAAGUCCAGGGAGAAGGAAAUUGUUGAAAAGAAAAAAGACAAAGACAAGAAAAUAGACAAGAAAUGUGAAAAAGAAAAAGCGAAAAGGGUGAAAAAUUCCGUCGAGGAAAUAGUCGAUUUAGCAGAAGCAUUGCCGAUAUUCGGAGUGAGUUUAGAUCUAGCAGUAGAACGAAGCAGGUGCCAUGAUGGAGUAGAUUUACCUCUGCCCAUUCGGGAUUGCAUCGAUUACGUAGAAUCCACGGGCGUAUCGUUCGAAGGUGUCUACAAAAUAAGCGGCACGAAGGCCAAGGUCUCGCAAAUAAAAAAAAUGUACAACCACAGACAAAACGUUAGAUUAAGCGACUACGAUGUACCUACAGCCACGAGUUUACUUAAAAUGUUCUUAAGAGAUCUACCCGAGCCGAUAUUUACUAACGAUCUACUGAUACGAUUCGAAGAAGCCGGUGCCAUUUUAAACUACAACACUAGGGAAAAGCAUUUAAAAAUAUUAGUAGAAAAUCUACCACCGCUCAACAAACUUCUACUCUCCUGGCUUAUCAUCCACUUGGAUAAUAUAUCUUUAAAUGAGAAACAGAACAAAAUGUCUAAACAGCACAUAGCCUCCGCUUUGAACCACACAUUCCACGUAUCCUCGAGGCUCCUGCAGGCCCUCCUGCACCACAGCCGAGCCCUGUUCCCCGACCUCGUCGUCUUCAAGUACAUACCCCCCGUCACUUCGGGCGUCCAGCUACCGGAGCGCUGCCAGCUGCUGGAAAUCGAGCUCAAAAAACAGGAAUCCCUGCUGUCCCAAAUCCACAACGAGAUGCGCAUCGGCUGCAUCUCCAAAGAACGAGAAGAAAAACUCUGGGAAGUGCAGAGGAUAAUAACGCAGCUCAAAAGGAAGCUAAAGAGCGCGCAGAAGGUGAAGACGAGCUGCGAAAAGUGCGAGGAGGAUGGCGAAGACAGGAAGGUCGAUUCGAAGUCGGAGAAAGCGGAGCUCGAAGCGCCCCCGACAUGUGCCGAACACGACAAAUCGGGCUCCGAUAACUCGUCGCUGCCGUGCCAGGCGGUCGCGUCCGCGCCGGAGCCCGAUCACAGUGCCAAAGCCGAGCCGAAGGAGCCCGACGGCUCGGAGGAGGAACCGCCGCCGCCGCCGCAGCAGCCGGAGAAGAACGAUUUUCUAUUCGACGACGACAUCGUGCUGCUGACGUACAAGCGCAACGGGCUCAUACAGCUGAAGGAGAAGCUGGCGAAGGACAUGCAGCAGGAGCGCAAGGAGAUCCAGCGGCUGCGCGCGAAGCUGGAGGCGUCGACGAGCCGGGCGCCGGUGCCGAAGCUGGUGGCGCCGAGGCAGGAGUCGCUGGGCGAGGUGAUGGCGCUGCUGCAGAACGAGAACAAGAUACUGCAGAUCAAGAAGAUCAAUCUGGUGCGGAAGAUCAUCGAGCAGAAGGAGCUGUGCAUCGAAAUGAGCGCCCAGCUGAGGCUAGCCGAAAAUGAUAAGUAUCCUAAUUUUUAGAAGCGGUCAUUUCUUUUGGCUUGAAAGAUUAUUAAAUUGCGUUCUCAUGAUAAUUGAUUGUAGUUUGAAAGGAAUGAAUUAAGACAUAUUAUUAUGUUGAUGUGAUUGUAGAUUAAAUAGACUUGUUAUUUGAUAUACAGGGUUUAUCCGCUGUUACGACUGUAGUUACUAUGUUACGAGCCCGAAAUUUUAUAAUUGAAAUGUUAUCUAUUACGAAAAUUGAGGUUUAAAAAAAGUUUACUUCUUAAUGAUAUUAAAUUGUUGUGGAUGAUCGAAUUGCAUUGAAAUUUUCGAACUGCAAUACCGGGUGGAUUCCUUUAUCCUAAUAUUUUAUUACUUCUCACUUCGCCUCCUUAUAUUAUAUAAACAAAUUGUAUUGUACUUAUCUAUAUAAAUAUUUAAAGAAAGUAACUUAAGCGUAGUUAUUCUACUCUACAUUCUACAUGCUGUUUAAACUUAAUUUUUUAUAAAAUUUACUCUCAGUCUGCUUGCACACAAUAAUGUAACCUGUUUAAGGAACGAAAUGCUUCUUAAACUCGACAAAUAAAGUAAAUAGUUUCUUUCCAUAUUCAAGAUGUGUUUGAAUUAAUAGGUACUUUCGUUGAAUAUAUUCCACAAUUUGAUCGAUUUAACAAUGGCAUGUUGCGGCUAAAGUCCGAGAGAAUUGUUAAAAUUCGCUGUAAAUGCGCUUAAAAUAUUUGUGUUAAGCGGUUAAUCCUCAAUUACAUGAAGUAAUUGUUCGAAAAUAGAAAAUACCCGACUUCACGAUUCGUUGUGUACAAAUUUUAUCAGGAAGGAUAUUUAUUGCGUGUUAAUAAAAUUUAUGAAAAUAACGGUGAGAAUGAUAAACGUGACACCUAGAGCAACAAUUAGCCUUGUUAAAUCGGUUUUAAUAGACUUCUUUGUGCCUUAUCUAUUGUGGAAUGAUAGCUAUAAUAAUUCUAAUAAUAUUUAUUUUCCCCCAUCAUCAACAGACAAGUCUUAUUUUAGCACGCUAUCAGUUUUAGCACAUUUCACGCGAAAUUGCGAAAUCUAGUAAUUUUUAAUCGUAAACUUCUUUAAGUAUUUAUUUGUCAUCUCAAAUUGGGUUUUUAGGAGAAUCUGUCUAGCAAUUAAUGAAAAAAUUCGCACAAUGUAAUUACUUAAUUGCAGUUUCGUUGGAUUUAUAGAAUUUUAAAUCAGUUCCUAUUGCGGUUUGCGUACAAUUUUAAUAACCCAUCAUCAAAGAUGUUUGCGGAUGCUGAAUAAUGUUAAAUUUGAAAUUUUCAACAGGUUUUCGCGUUAAAUCAUUCACUUUUUCUAGCUCCUUCCAGUUCCGAAUCUCAAUUUUUUUCAGACCAUGACUGUAGUUUGUAAAAUAUUUCGUGCAUUAAGAGAACUGACCUGUACGAAUGCAUGCAGGAAAGUAUAUCUCUUAAAGACGUAGGUACU